GCGCGAGGCGUGCGGCGGCGCAGUCCAUCGAGCGAGUUAGCUGCGACCAGCAGGCCAUGUCUGGACGAGGCCAGGCACGCGGGCCCCGCACCCUUCUGGGGCUGGCCGCCGCCGUGCUCCUCCUAGCCCUGGCCCCGGCCGAGGGCGGCCGCCGCCGCAGCACCUCCGUCGAGACCGCCGCCGGCGCCAACCUCGCCAACGCACUCAUCACCAACCUCAACCGCUCCCUGCUCGCCAGGAUGGUGGCGCUGCCCGCCGUGCUGGUGGGCACCGUGUCGCAGAGCAUAGCGAAGGCCUCAGAGCCCGUGGAGGCCAACUUAUACGGGGCCAAGCUCAUCCUGCACUGGGGCUACCCCGCCGAGUCGCACCGCGUCCAGACGAGGGACGGCUACGUUGUCACGCUGUUCCGCGUGCCGUGGAGCCGGCGCAGCCCACCCGGCGCCGACCCCAGGCCCGUCGUCUUCCUGCAGCACGGCCUGCUGCAGACGGCCGACCAGUGGACCAUGCGCGGCCCGGAGAAGGACCUGCCGUUCCUGCUCGCGGACCUGGGAUUCGACGUCUGGAUGGGCAACUUCCGGGGCUCAGCGUACGGCCGUCGACACGCCUACCUCUCGCCCAAGAGCCAGAAGUUUUGGGACUUCGGGUGGCACGAGAACGCCGUGUACGACCUGCCCGCCAUGGUCGACUACGUGGGCGCGGUGACGGGGCAGCCGAGCAUGCACUACAUCGGCCACUCGAUGGGCACCACCACGCUGCUCGCCCUGCUGGCCGAGCAGCCCGAGUACAACCGGCGCAUCCGCGGCGCCUUCCUGCUCGCGCCCGUCGUCCACUUCGACCACACCUGGGGCCCGCUGGCCGUCGCCCGGGACACGCUCGCCGGCCUGGCGAGCCAGCGGCUCAUCGGUGAGGCGUUCCCCCGCGGCUCGGGCGACGCCUGCAAGGGGGCCGUGCAGCUGUGCACCGCCGUGUACAACGCAGCGGGCGGCUCCAGCCCCGGGGAGUUCAACUCGACGCUGUUCCGCAUCCUCAUCGGCCACUACCCGGCCGGCUCGUCCCUGGGGCAGCUGCUGCACUACCUCCAGAUCAUGGUCACAGGCGAAUUCAAAAAGUACGACUACGGAGAGAAGGAGAACCUGAUUCGCUACCGGCAGCCCAAGCCGCCCGAGUACCAGCUGGGCAACGUGGUGGCGCCCGUGUACCUAAACUACGCCGAAGGCGACCCCUUCUCGCCGGCGAAGGACGUCCAGAGGUUAGCCAAAGAAGUCCCCGGCGUGCGCCGGCUCAUGAAGGUGGCUCUCAGAGACUACGGUCACACCGACCACCUCUACGCCAUCCACUCCUACGAGCUAGAAUACAAACAGAUUAUAGACAUAAUGCUAGAUGACGUCCUUAGAUAAGCCAAAUAUAGUUAGA